AAGUCUACAUAUCCUUUGUCUUUUCUUUGUUGCCGUGGGUAGGGGCGGAUUUAGGGGGAUUGGGAGAGUCCAACCUUCUGAAAAAAAAAACUCAGUUCGCCCUGGUGCAAUGACAGUCUUCCCAUCGGCUACUCAUUUUAUGAAUUUUAAGAUGCCGUCCUGUAUUUACAUACAAAUGCUCCAAUGAUGUCGUAGGUCGGCCAACGAAAACAAUAUUUAAUUACAGUGACACGACACGUUGCGAUCAACCUUAAUGUGGGAUAAGAUUAAUUUGGACAAAACAAAGUGGAGGUCUCUCUUCUUAUCCUCUUGUGGUUGUUUUGAGGUCAACCUCUUUAUCAAUUUAAAUAUGCCUUUCUUGUUCCAUUGGAGAGUGUGAGUUCUACACGUUUUCAAAGGGCCAAAUGGAAGCUGGGAAACCCCAUGCUGUCUGUAUUCCUCUACCAGCUCAAGGGCACAUUAACCCUAUCUUAUUAUUUGCCAAACUCCUCCACUUCCAUGGCUUCCAUAUCACUUUCAUCCAUACCGAGUUCAACUACUAUCGCUUGAUUCAGUCGAGAGGACUCGACUCGCUCAGGGGCUCACCCGAUUUCCGGUUCGAAACGAUAACCGAUGGUUUGCCAUCGACCAACAUGCGGGGGAUACAAGAUUUACCCGACUUGUGCUCGAUGUUGCUGGUUCAUGGGUUACGUUCGUUUCGAGAGCUCAUAAUGAAACUUAAUGCUAGAUCAGAUGUCCCUCCGGUUACUUGCAUAAUAUCGGAUGGGGUGAUGAGCUUCACCUUGGAAGUUGCUGAAGAAUUUGGCAUCCCUGAGAUGGUUCUUUUCACUCCUAGUGCUUGUGGCAUGUUGGGUUACCUUCACUUUGAAGACCUUAAGGAACGUGGAUACUUCCCAUUGAAAGAUGAGAGUGAGUUGAAUAAUGGAUAUCUUGAGACGGAGAUUGAUUGGAUACCAGCACUGAAAGGGGUUAGAUUAAAAGAUAUCCCCACUUUCAUUCGAACCACGAACCCUGAUGAUAUCAUGUUCAAUUACAACUUGCAAUCCGUCAACAAUGCCAGGAAAGCUGAUGCUGUGAUCCUCAACACCUUUGAUGAUUUUGAACAUCAUGUUUUGGACGCCAUUAAAACCAAGUUACCCAAGCUCUACACUGUUGGUCCUUUAUCAAUGCUUCAACGCCAGCUUUGUCCCACAAAUUUGGACUCCAUUGGCUCGAAUUUGUGGAAAGAAGACACCGAAUGCUUGGGUUGGUUGGACAGAUGGAAACCCAAGUCAGUUGUGUAUGUAAAUUAUGGGAGCUUGAUAACAGUGACGCCUCAACAUUUGCGUGAGUUUGCAUGGGGACUUGCGGACACCAACUAUCCGUUCUUGUGGGUUAUUAGGCCGGACAUUGUCGAUGGCGGUGGAGAAAGAAUAUUAUCCAAGGAAUUCACGGCGGCAAUAAGCGACAGGGGUCUGCUUGUAGGGUGGUGCCCACAAGAGAGGGUAUUGAGCCACCCUUCAGUGGGAGGGUUUUUGACGCAUUGCGGGUGGAAUUCCACCAUGGAAAGUGUUAGUGAAGGGGUGCCGAUGAUUUGUUGGCCAUUUUUUGCAGAGCAACAGAUGAAUUGUUUCUACUCGUGCACCAAGUGGGGCAUUGGGAUGGAGAUUGACAGUGAUGUCAAAAGGGAGAAAGUUGAAAGUCUUGUGAGGGAGUUGAUGGAAGGGAUGAAGGGGCAAGGUUUAAGGCAAAACGCCAUAGAUUGGAAGAAGAAAGCUGAAAUAGCUACAAGCCCUGAUGGCUCUUCUUACAUUAAUUUUAAUAAGAUUGUUACACAGUUGAAACAAGGGAUGCCAAAUGCUUGAACUGUAUCAACUUCCAAGUUUCUGCUAUGGAGAUUUGCUUUUUGUGUUAUUAAAUCGGAUAAAAGUUCACAUUACAUAUGUGUAAAUCUAGAAUACUAAUGAAAUAGCUUUUUAAACUGUGUAACAA